UUUGACUGGGGAGGGUGUAUCAUGUUGGAAGUAUAUUAAGCUAAACGUCUAUGCCUUUUCCUUACCUAAUAAGGAUGUGGCUGUUAGCACAAAAGGGAGAUGCGAAUGAAGUCAUAUCUGACUUAAUCUAUUCAUGAUUUGUAGAAAGGCCUAGUUGCGUAAACCAAAUUUGGAAAGAGCAAUGACAUAUCGAUUGUCAGUUUGCUGCUCCCAUGCUUUCAAAAGAAAGUAAAUGGUUUUUGAUUUAAUAGAUAUACUCAGCUAUUGUUUUAAGCUCGGUCAUUGCUCUCUAAGCCAGAGAUGUGUAAGUAUGUGUUUGUUUUGGCGUUCUGGCAUCUAGUGUUAUGAUGUUGAAUCAGCUGUCGCAAGUGGAAUACUUUGCCCAUGCCGGCAUGAUAAUGUUUUGAUACGAAGGCCAAGCCUGCAGGAUGUGGGGAUAGAAGUAUUCCAGCCAAAACUGUCUUCUGAAGCCCAGGAAAAGUAUCAGUCAUUAAGUUUUUAGUGCUGAUGCAGAUGCAUUUAAAAUUCUCCUGGAGAUGAAGAUGAAGAAGAGGCAGAAAAAGCCUACUUUACCAAGCACUGUGACUGAGCUUGACACUGAGGAUGGUUCUAAAGUAUAUGUGGUUGGAACAGCCCACUUCAGUGACAGCAGCAAAAAGGAUGUAGUGAAGACAAUACAAGAAGUACAGCCUGAUGUAGUUGUGGUGGAACUAUGCCAGUACAGAGUUUCUAUGUUAAAGAUGGAUGAAAAGACAUUACUAAAAGAAGCCAAAGAAAUAAAUCUGGAAAAACUUCAACAAGCUAUAAAGCAGAAUGGAGUCAUGUCUGGAUUGAUGCAAAUGCUGCUUCUGAAGGUUUCUGCUCACAUCACAGAACAGCUGGGAAUGGCCCCAGGAGGAGAAUUCAGGGAGGCUUUCAAAGAGGCCAGUAAAGUACCUUUCUGUAAAUUCCAUCUUGGAGACCGACCCAUCCCUGUUACAUUUAAGAGAGCAAUUGCUGCACUUUCUUUCUGGCAAAAAGUCAAGCUUGCCUGGGGCCUUUGCUUCUUAUCUGACCCAAUCAGUAAAGAUGAUGUGGAGAAAUGCAAACAGAAGGAUUUACUGGAGCAGAUGAUGGCAGAAAUGAUUGGAGAAUUUCCUGAUCUUCAUCGAACGAUUGUCUCAGAACGAGAUAUUUACUUGACCUACAUGCUGAAGCAAGCAGCAAAACAGAUAGAACUACCUCGAGCUUCAGAAACUGAACCUAGAAAAUAUAUCCCAGCUGUUGUAGUUGGUGUUGUUGGGAUGGGUCAUGUACCUGGAAUUGAAAAGAACUGGAACUCUGACUUAAACAUCCAGGAAAUAAUGAGUGUGCCUCCUCCAUCAGCGUCAAGUAAGAUUUUCAAAUUUGUCAUAAAAGCAACAGUUUUUGGACUGAUGGGAUAUGGCUGCUACCGAAUAGGUCAAAGGACGGUUCAGUUUAUUCUCUCGAUGCCAGCAGCACAGAGCUAUCUUCAGAAGCUGACAGAAAUAAGGUCUCAGCAUUGAACAUCAAGUGGAGGCACUAUGGGAAGAAGGUGGCUGAAAAAGGGUGAUAGAGGCAACAAAUGUGAACUGGACUGAAAGAAGAGCGAGUUGAGGAUUCUAGUCAGAGAUGAUUGAUGCUGAGCAAUGCCGAGUUGCUGUAUAAUAAAAGAUUUGAUACUAAAGUUACACCAGCUAUGAUCUAAUAAAUAGGUUUGAUUCCUGGUAAGUGUGUUGCAUGAAACCACGUGAUUCCAGAUUGAGGUAAAAGAAAUAUGUACACAAAUAUAUAUAUUAUAUGUACGCAUACUGUAUAUAUAAUAUAUAUUACUGAUGAUAUAGUACAGACAGCUUAAAGAGUGUAUGUUCAUUAAUUCUUUUCCAGAGGAACAGAACAACAGAAAGUAACCUAAUUGGCUGCAUCUGCUCCGAAGUUCAGGGAUGCUUGUCUUGAGUGAUUCUUUGCUUUUUUCCCUUGGGUAUAAUAAUACCUAGUGGUCAUUUCUGGUGCCAGACACUUUUACACGUUAUUUAGAAGGACAUCUUCUCAAUGUGUGUUUUAUACUUAAAACAUUUAGGCUUUUUUUAAACUUAAGAGCUUUCCAGAAAUUUCAGAAUUGUACAGGCUGUCAUACGUACACUGCUCAAAUUUUUUACAAGCCUUACUGAAGAACAGGAACGUUGCCUUUAGAUUGCAUCCCUUGUUACCACCACCAGUUGAAUUGUCUUUCUCCUGCAUAGAGAACGUAUAGCCACACCAUCAGAAUGCAAUGUGGUUUGUGUCAGAUGUUUACAGGACACUCUGUUCCUUUAGAUUAGCUUAUUUAAACUGUAUUAUUUAGCCAAAUCCUGCUGGAUUCAGUAUUGUAAAUUUAAGAGACUAGAACUACUGUACAAUUUCCUUUUGUUUCUCAUACAAUUUACUUUUGUUUCUCAGACCUUUCAUUAUUGGGACAAGAAGUCUGGAAUUGAUAGCACCUGCCCCUCAUUUUUGAUACAUGAAAGUAUUUUAUUUAUCAAUGUAAUUUCUCAGUGGAUGAAUGUUUUAAUCUAUUUAAUAGAAAAGCAGUGUUCAGUUUAGUUUUUCAAACUAGCUGUAGCAUUUUAUUUGGAUUACCUGCUAUUUAUACAUAGAAUUAUGGGUACUUCAAACUGCUGUGAUUUUCUUAAUUAUCCAGGACAGCCAUCCAUCAUCAAUCUUUUUUUUUUUUUUUUUUUUUCUCUAAUCCUAGGUUCAUAUUUCAUAGGAAUUUUUUUGGUACCCUUUAUACAGGAUUGUCAAUGAUUGUAAAGUGCCCUCUGCCAUCAGCUAGUCCCAGUUCAACAAUACAAGUAACUGUAACUGUCAUAUCAAAGUUUUAACCUGAUGUAUUUGAAUGGAAGAGUCCCAUUUGCUCCUCAGGCUCAUACACCGUUGCUCAUUGCGUAAAGUGAAGUUUUUAUCUGUAUUGAUUUCUUUUGGGAAUGAAAGAUAGGAACCAGUGUGUGAGGCAGGAGGAGGAAAAGGUGAUGUGUUUUGUGUUUCUUUGUUGUUUUCAGUUGGUUCAAUAAAAUCAACAAACUGCUUCUAGUAGGGUGUAUUUCCAAAGCCUUGUGUUGGAAAUUGUCCCAUAGUCUAUUGUUUGCUGAAAGUAUGUACAUGUAUCUUCUGUGCAGUGUUGUCUCUUUCAAGCUUUUUAUAUGAAAUUAAGGGUCUAAAUGCUCCUCUCUGUGAUGGCAUUGACUUUACUGGGAGCUGGUCUGUCCAUGCAACCUGAUGCUUUUCUGCCUUGCACUUUGAAAAUUUUAUGAGUUCCAGUGCAGCAAAUCAUUUAAGUGCAUGUUUAUCUUUAAACCUAUUAAAACUAACCCGAUCCUGCAGAGCUCUUAAGAUGAUGCUAGGUGCUUUUCUGGAUCUGGGCCUUACAGUUGUGCAGGGAAUAAACCUUAGCAAAUGAGAAUGGCAGCAAUUCACACUUCUAGGACACAAAGUGUAAAUGAUAAUAUAGAAUAUAGUAGAGGCGGGUCCUUUUAUUUUCCAUCUAUCAGUGCUUAAGAAACCACCAGCCAUCUCUAGCAAGUAGAAAAGCAGCAUUUGUAAACAAUUUAUAGAAGACUAGAGUGACUGCCUGAAUUUUGAUUCCUGAUUUUUUUUUUAAAGGUUUAAUGUAUUGUUUACAAUUAAGCAGUCCUAUUUUAAUAAUUCUAUUACAUUUUAUGUACAUUUUUAAAAGAUGAAAACAAAAGCUUAAGCUCAUUCUUCUCCUGGCUUUACUGACAUACCAAAAUAUUGUUUUGUUCAUUGUUUUUUUGAGAAUUUUUAGCUGGUAGAAUUCAAUAUAUUGAUGUUUUGCUUUAAGUUAUCUACAGAUUUUUAAGGUAUCUGCAGAUAUUUUAAAAGUUCUGUAGAUCUUUGAUAUCUGUGCUCAGGUAAUUUUACACAAAGGAAAACAAAUCUAAGGUAAAUUUUAGAUAUGAGCCUUAAACUUGGGUGGGACUAAUGCUAAAUGAUUGUCAUGGAGCAUUCUUGCAGAUGUAAUCUUUUAUGCUUUUUAGCCAGAAGUGAUUACCAUGUAAGUUGUCCGUUCAUUAUUCAGUUAUUCUCUCCAGUUAAUACCUUAUGCCUACUGUUUCACUCUUUUUUUAAUGAAACAUAUCAGCAGAUUCUUCAAGGAGCCUGUUUGCGGACAGAGAAUUUGCGAUUUAUCUUCCCACUGUUGCAGACUGGCAGAUCAUAUGCAUGCACUGUUUACUCAGUGGCGCUGGAAAGCCUGAUGAAUUUGCAGAACUAACAGUCCUAUGAAUCCAUACACGAAUGCUCAAUGUUGUAUAUUCAAUGUGUUGUACUGUUUAUGUAACAUAAUCAGUGUUUUAGGUCCAUUCUUUUCUGUUCUAGUCAGUCUUUUCAGUGUUAACAGCAUCCUGUAAAAUUUAUGUUGAAUUGUCCCAGCCCCACCUCAACCUUAUGAAGCCAUAUUGUAUUUUUUUGGUGACAUGUACAUCUGUUUUAUGCAUUUGUACAUGUGAUGUAAAUUUGAAGUAUUUUUAACAAUGUGUGCCUUUACUCGAAAGUGAUUUAAAGUAAACAGCAGUAUGUUCUAUGAUAUAAAAAAUAAAAUAUUUUAACCACCAUUUCUGUUGAAGGCAUUUGUUUUCCUUAUUAAUCAAUAUUUUUAUUGAGAACAAACACUGGUUAUCUAGACCUAGUACAUGAUAAUUUCGCCAUCUGACGCAUUUUUCUGAAUGUCAGUUGGAGUAAAUACCUCCCACUGAGGGGCAUCUCAGUGUAAUGUUGAAGUAGGGAAACUGGUUUCUCAACCUACCAUAUGCAAUUGGUUGAGAGAAGAAAGGAUGAGUUUCCCCUGCCCUACUAAACAUGCAGGGAGACUGACUUCUCAACGUGAGUACCUAAAUUCAAAGUCCAGAGUUAGGCAUGGUGAGUUGACUUGUUGUUGUUGUUGUUGUUGCUUUUCUUUUAAUGUCUCUCCAGUGCUCAGUUGUGCAAGGAGCUGAUGGCCUUAGUCCCAGUCCAGUGAAGCGCUCAGACACUGGCCUAACAUCAGGCACAGUCACUUGUGCUUACAGUGCUGGCUGCUGCAUGGGAAGUAAAUACCCUUAGAGUGGAAAAGAUAUUGAAUUAGUUGCAAAGAGUUUAAUCUUUCAAACUGAGCUAGCUAAAUCAAUGUGACCAUUACUUUUUUUAAAAAAAAGCUAAUAAUAAAAAGACCCUAUAUUCAUACUGAAAGUAAGUAUAUAUCAUAAGCUAUAUUCCAUACAGAUAGUCUGCUGAUGGUAUACUUUGUCAAUCAGUGCUCCAUACUUUUUGAUUGUAUGCGUGUGAAGCAAAGUGCAGUCCUGUUUUCCUUGAUCAGGCAAACUUCCCUUCAGUUGCACUUGGAGCUGCAUCUGCAAAGGAGUGCUGGGUAAGCCAUUUAGGUGGAAGAAAAAAAUUUUACAUACUGUAGUCAAAUACCAUCCAUGGGACUGGCAGAUGACAUGCUGCACAGCACAUGAGCUAUCGAGCAGUGCUCAGUCAGGCAGCCUCAGUUUGCACACCUGCACACGGAAGGCAGCUGCCUGUUCGCGGAGUGUAUUGUUCACCAGUGUUACAUGCAUACUGCUGGCCUAGGUCAUGUUUGAGAUAUCUUUUCUAUACCAAAUACCGAACCAAAUUAAAAAAUUUAUUUUUGAGGUGGAUUAAUAUUGCCCAGAUUUCCAUUGGAAGCUGUUUUUCUGUGUGUGUAUUGUAAAACAUCUAAAAGGCACUGAGAAAUAUAUCAAGUUAUCUCAAAGUGCCAGGCAGUAGUGGGAACUACACAUGGAAAAGAAACAACACACUUGUCACUUGUGUAACUAAGAUACUCAUGUACGUAUUUUCCUGUUUCUUUCUAAAACUGAAAUAAACUUUAAUUUUAGACUUGA